AUGCUGCGAACACCGGGAAUAUCAGCAUGUCGACAGAUUUCAACAACAUCGUGCGCAAUGAAAAAUAAAGCUGGAAAACAUAAGGUAAUAUUUCCAAAAAUGUUCGCUCUAUAACAAUAUUGUUUUUAGUCAACUGUAAAUCGCACACAACUUCUAACAUACGAAAUGGCUCAAAAACCACACCACAUUGGUGUAAGAAAAUCAUGGCUCACAUGGCAUUCACAAAAUCUGGAAGAAUUCCGUCAAUCUCAACCAGUUGUCGUUGCACAAGACGAAAUUAUUCGACGAUUUAUUCGAGGUUUCUUCCCGCAAAAUGUUGUUAUUUCUGGAAAUGAGUUAGUUAUCAAGCGUCGUGGAAACGUGUGUAUUGUCGCCGGAUUUUUACAAUAUUCUCGAAGAUUAGAUAUUCGUCGAAUUUAUUGGAUGUUUGGUUUUGCGGAAGAGUUUCUCUCGAUUUUAUUGAAACAACCAGUAAAACUCGAACUCGCUUUUGUUGAAACCGAAGAUGAUGUCGCCUAUAAUUAUAUCUAA